GUCAUCACGCAGUGUGCUUGGCCACGCCCCUACCCUUGUUUUGUAAACGUUCGGGUAGGAAAUCUUAUCGUUGACUGAGGAUCCGCGGUGUUUACAGUGGUUACAGUGUUCACUGGAUACACAGAGCUGCAGGCAUGACAGCCAAACGAGGUCUCAUCACUGAUACAUUUAAAGUAGUGAAGAAGGCAAGGAAAGAAGACAAGAGACCUCCUUCACCACCUGAUGCAGAUCCAGAACCUCCUCGCCCCAGUAAAAGAGAAAUUGAUCUGCAGGAACUGAGGAAGUUUGACCUGGACUGGCGUUUUGGGCCAUGCACAGGGAUCAGCCGAUUACAAAGAUGGGAGAGGGCAGCACUGCAUGGGCUGGACCCCCCACAUGAGAUUAAAGACAUACUGCUGACGGAGAGCGUGGACCCAGAGUACACACAUAGCCUCUGGCGGGAUUACCCAUUGUGAAGAAAAUAAGAUGACUGAAGAAAAAGAAGAUUGUGAGAGUGGAUAAUUGUUGAUUGUUUAUGAUCAUGAUUGUUUUUUGCUCCUGUUUGCUUGUUGCUGUUUGUUAAUCCAACCUGUGAGCUUGCAAUGUUUUACACUACGUUUAUAGUAAAACACUUUUAACAAAAAAUCCCUUUGUCAUAAACUCUUAUUCUUACCGUUAUUUAAUCCUAAAUUGGACACUAUUCUCUAAUUUAACAGAUAACAGGGUGCAAACAGGCUAACACACAAUGCCUUGAUUGCACCUGACUUAAUUUGCCAUCUAGUCAAGUAUCUGCAUGAUCACACGGCACAGCCAAUUUCCUCUUAGUAGGCCUGUCACCGUAACUAUAUAAUCAAAAUAUUGUACCAUAUGUGGUCGUGACCUGAAUUAUGUUUGAUGACCUUAAUAUCUAUUGUUUAUUGUAUUUCUAUUUGUGUUUGUUCAUAGACAAAUUAAAUACACCGAUAUUUUA